CUCAAAAGGGCUCUCCAAACGACAAGGCUUCUACCGUCAAUGCAGCCCAAAAAAUCCUGCUCCACAAUCUCAUGAUCCACCUAAAAGAGGGUUUGGUUCCCAUGAGCCAUAUCAUGCAUAAUGGAGGAACAUGUACAUCUAUGUGCCAUAUUUUCUCAUUGAAGGAAAAUCUCUAUGGAUUAUAACUUUUUUCUUGGUUCUUUUCAUUUAAUAAUGAUCAUUUUGUGGUUUCUAAGUAUAUAUAUAUAUAUAUAUUACUUCUAUGAUAUCUUCAUUAUAGACACAGGUAUUGCUAGUGAGAAGGACUGGGGAAUCAACUUGCUAGAUGAAAGUGUCAAGGAAUCUGGAGUAAACGAAGAUGGAAGCACGUGGUACCGAGAAAGUGGAGAAGACCUAGGGGAUAAUGGAUUCAGGUGUCGCUGGGCUAGAAUGGGAGGUCGAAGCAGUGACGGUUCCUCAGAAUGGAAAGAAACCUGGUGGGAGAAAAGUGAUUGGACUGGUUACAAGGAGUUAGGUGCUGAGAAAUCUGGGAGAAAUGGUGAAGGAGAUUCUUGGUGGGAAACAUGGCAAGAAGUUCUGUACCAAGAUGAAUGGAGUAAUCUUGCAAGGAUAGAGAGAAAUGCUCACAAGCAAGCAAAAUCCGGUACAGAAGAUGCUUUAUGGCAAGAGAGAUGGUGGGAAAAGUAUGAUGCAAAAGGCUCUACAGAGAAAGGAGCUUAUAAAUGUGGAAGACUUAAUGAACAAUCUUGGUGGGAAAGAUGGGGAGAGAAUUAUGAUGGAAGAGGAUAUGUGCUAAAAUGGACUGAUAAAUGGGCAGAAACACAGCUGGGUACGAAAUGGGGAGACAAAUGGGAGGAGAAAUUUUUUGCUGGCGUUGGUUCACGACAAGGAGAAACGUGGCAUGUAUCUCCUGCCGGUGAACGAUGGUCAAGGACCUGGGGUGAAGAACACUUUGGAAAUGGGAAAGUUCACAAAUAUGGUAAAAGCACAGCCGGAGAAAGCUGGGAUCUCGUCGUGGAUGAAGAGACAUAUUAUGAGGCUGAACCUCACUAUGGAUGGGCUGACGUCGUGGGCGACUCAACCCAAUUGUUAUCAAUUCAACAUCGAGAGAGACCUCCGGGUGUAUUCCCAGAUUUUGGCCUGUCCCCGCCGCCGCCGAGAGAUGAACCAAAGCCUGAUGAGCCUCCCUCGAGUUAGGAACUCUUAAGAUUUUAGUCCUAAUUUAUUCAUGGGCUACAUUUUUGUGAUGGAAGACUUCCUGUAGAGCUCAACAUUCAUUCUUUGUAUGACCUUUUCAUUCAUUAUCUGUCAAUUAGGUUUGCAUUCGAGGAAUUGGUUUGGAAAUUGAAUUUACUUUUUUUGUGA